AUGUCUGGCCGACGAGAUUUCCUCAGCCAGAAGGCUCCCGAGAACUAUGUUGCCGGUCUGGGUAGAGGUGCCACCGGCUUCACGACCCGAUCCGACCUGGGUCCCGCGCGCGAAGGUCCCAGCGAGGACCAGAUGAAGGAGCUUCUCGCAAAACGUGCUGCACAGUUUGGAGCUGCAGCACCUACGGCAUAUGGCGUCCCCGAGAAGAAGGACAAGGAAGAGGAGAAUGACGAUGACGAACGCUUCCAAGAUCCCGAGAACGAGGUCGGAUUGUUCGCAGGGGGCGCAUACGACAAGGACGACGACGAGGCAGAUCGCAUCUACCAGGAGGUAGACGAGAAGAUGGAUAGGCGGCGCAAAGCUAGAAGGGAAGCUCGAGAGAAAGCAGAGCGAGAUGAAUACGAACGAAACAACCCGAAGAUCCAACAGCAGUUCGCCGACUUGAAGCGCGCAUUAACGACGGUCAGCGAUGAGGAUUGGGCAAACCUCCCAGAGGUCGGCGAUUUAACUGGAAAGAAUCGGAGGAACAAGCAGGCUCUGCGACAGAAAUUUUAUGCGGUGCCCGACAGUGUCAUUGCUGGAGCGCGAGAUGCCUCGGAGCUUGGGACUACUGUGGCCGACGAUGGGCCCUCGGGAGACGGAUCGGACGGUACCAUGACAAAUUUCGCAGAAAUUGGAGCGGCGCGAGACAAGGUCUUGAAGGUCAGGCUGGACCAAGCAUCCCAAGGGACGGACUCCGUUGCUGGAAGUGCUACGAAUAUCGACCCCAAGGGAUACCUCACGAGUCUUGCCAAGUCACAAAUCAAUGAAGGCGAGGCGCAGGUGGGAGACAUCAAGCGAGUUCGAGUACUGCUGGAAUCUGUCAUUCGUACUAAUCCUAAGCAUGCGCCAGGUUGGAUUGCUGCUGCUCGAUUGGAGGAAUUAGCUGGGAAGACCGUGGCGGCCCGAAGUGUAAUCGCACGAGGCUGUCAAUUCUGCCCAAAGAGUGAGGAUGUUUGGCUUGAGAAUAUCAGACUGAACGACAACCAUAACGCCAAGAUCAUUGCUGCUCAGGCCAUCAAGAACAACGACCGGUCAGUGAAUCUCUGGAUCGAGGCCAUGAAGUUAGAGUCGGAAGCGAGAGCCAAGAAGCAGGUCAUCCGGAAAGCGUUGGACCACAUCCCUCAGUCAGUCGUGCUGUGGAAAGAGGCCGUGAACUUGGAGGAGGAUCCUAGUGAUGCGAGACUCCUACUCGCGAAGGCGACCGAGAUUAUUCCCCUAUCCGUUGAACUUUGGCUGGCUCUUGCGCGCUUGGAGUCCUCGGACAAUGCGCAGAAAGUGCUCAAUAAAGCUCGUAAGGCCAUUCCUACAUCUCACGAAAUUUGGAUUGCUGCAGCAAGGCUUCAAGAGCAGAUUGGCAACACCGGCAUCAAUGUCAUGCAACGUGCAGUCAAAGCUCUUGCGAAAGAAUCUGCGAUGUUAAAGCGCGAGGAGUGGAUUACAGAGGCAGAGAAGUGCGAAGAAGAAGACGCUGUGUUGACUUGCGGUGCUAUCAUUCGAGAAACGCUUGGCUGGGGCUUGGACGAGGAUGACGACCGGAAAGACAUUUAUAUGGAGGACGCGCGGGCAAGUAUAGGACGAGGAAAGUACGAAACAGCUCGUGCAAUCUACGCCUAUGCAUUACGGAUUUUCGUGAACAGCAGAAAGCUAUGGCUGGCGGCCGCUGACCUGGAGAAGAACCACGGGACGAAAGAUGCGCUGUGGAAAACGCUCGAGAAGGCAGUUGAAGCUUGUCCGCAGAGUGAAAUCCUGUGGAUGAUGCUCGCCAAGGAGAAAUGGCAAGCUGGGGAGAUCGACAAUGCAAGACGAGUGCUAGGUCGAGCUUUCAACCAAAAUCCAAAUAACGAAGAUAUUUGGCUUGCAGCGGUCAAGCUCGAAGCCGAAAACCAACAACCGGAACAAGCCAGAGAAUUGCUAAAGACCGCUCGGCAGGAGGCGCCGACCGACAGAGUCUGGAUGAAGAGUGUUGCUUUUGAGCGACAGGCAGGCAAUGCAGACGCAGCCCUUGAUCUCGUCAACCAAGCACUGCAGCUCUUUCCUGGCGCCGCAAAGUUGUGGAUGAUGAAGGGCCAAAUUUAUGAAGGCGAAGGCAAGCUACCACAAGCCCGUGAAGCCUACGGCACGGGUACUAAAGCUUGCGCAAAAUCCGUGCCUCUUUGGUUACUCUAUUCUCGGCUCGAGGAACGUGUCGGCAACAUCGUCAAGGCUCGUGGUAUUCUUGAUCGGGCUCGACUAGCUGUCGCCAAGUCGCCAGAACUCUGGGUCGAAUCAGUGCGUUUGGAACGUCGUGCGAACAACGUCAGCCAAGCAAAGAACCUGAUGGCACAGGCUCUACAGCAAGUUCCCACGAGCGGUCUGUUAUAUAGCGAGGCAAUAUGGCAUCAGGAGGCCCGCACACAAAGAAAGCCGAGAGCCUUAGAAGCUAUCAAGAAAGUCGACAAUGAUCCUAUCCUCUUCGUUACCAUUGCAAGAAUUUUCUGGGGAGAACGGCGUCUGGAGAAAGCGCAAAAUUGGUUUGAGAAAGCAAUAUUGCUGGACAGCGAUCUUGGCGAUACCUGGGCUUGGUAUUUCAAGUUCCUGUUGCAGCACGGGACUGAUGAAAAACGAGCGGAUGUUAUUUCGAAGCUGAUUCUAAGCGAGCCAAGACAUGGCGAAGUUUGGCAGAGCGUUGCGAAGGACCCGAAGAACGUCGGCAAGAGCCAGGAAGAGAUCUUACGGACAGUUGUUACGAAAUUGGAGUAG